CAAGAUUUACACUACUAUUGAAUUUGAUUGUCAUAUCAAGCUAAACCAUGGUGAUGAUGAUGAUGAUUUGAUUCAUUAGUGUAUGGUAUCAUAUAAGUCAACUUUGUUUGUGCAUGAAUUUCUAUUACAAUAUGCACAGUACAAUGAAUAAAUUAAAGAACAUGGAUCCUACUUCAUUUUAGAACUUGACUUCAGAUUGAAGGAUUGAUUCACCCACAUCUAUUACCAGUACUAACAUCGAACAUCGAAUAUCAUAGACAGGAUCGUCUUAGUGAACAAUAUUGAAAAUGUUAUUGUCAAGUGAAUCUUGGACUAAACUAUUUAUCCUAUGCAAUUGUAGUUUUAUAGCAUUCAGUAUUGUUCUGUUGGCACUCGGUAUUCAACCAGAAAUCACAAUAAAUCAAUUCAGUUCUAUUCUACACAGUGCAAAACCAAUAAUCUUCAUAGUUGUCUGUAUCUCAGGAGGUCUUGGUGUAUUAGGAUCAUGUGUUGGAAUUUAUGGAUACUUGAAACAACGGAAAAUCAUCAUAUAUUUGAACAUUUUUGUUUUGAUUGUUGUGACUUGUAUGUGGAUUGGUAUGGGAAUGAAAUUAGCUGUAGCGGAAGACGAGUUCCCCAAGUUAGCUAAUAGCUCACUAAGUGCUGCUGUUAAAGAAUAUACGACACAAACUGAUUAUCAAAUGGAGCUUGACAAACUACAAAAGAGUUUUCACUGCUGUGGAUCAACAUCGUCCAAAGACUAUACAGCUCAUAAUAAGAAAGCACAAAUACCUUCUUCAUGUAAAUACAAUACAAUCGUAUUUUCCAAAGGAUGUACAACAGUGUUAAGUGAAUAUACACAACAUUAUUUAAAUGUAAUCAUGUAUCUAUGUUUCAUAUUCGGUAUUAUUCAAGUGAUCUAUUUGGUGAUGUCUAUUAUGAAAAUACGUAAAUUUGAAGAUGGUAAUUCUUUAUCGGCAUAAAUGACUCCUCAAGAUCCGAAGAAAGAAGAUAGUCACACACACACACACACUAGAACAUUCAACAAAAUGUCAAAGAUGAAUUUGAAUCAUUCCAUUUUGAAAAACUGAUUCCAUAUUGUCAUUUGAUCUUAAUCAAAUAUACACCAUUAGUAUUAUUAUUGAA